UGGUUUUUAUUUCUUAUUUGUGGCCUUUGCUAUGAAUGGCCUGCAAUUGUUUAUUCAGUCAGAAACAUGUUCUUGGUGUAGACGUGAUUCGUGGUUUAGGCUAAUAUUACUUUGCUGUUUCGACUCAUUUGAUAAGAAACGUAACUUCAAAUUGGUGUGUGACAGAUCUGAAGUGAAUUACAGCGAAGUUGACAGGACUUAGGAUAUGAAAUUUCUAGGUUCAUAUACUUUUAUCAUUUAACAUAUCUGUUUCCAGAUAUGUUCGUUUUCGACAUUCCAUCGUUUUGUGUAACUGAUUAUGUAAUACAGCAUAUCAAGCUGGAAGUUGCAUAUUACCAGGAAUGAUCAUUUUAUUCAAGAAUGAAUCUGCUACUCCAUCCUGAAACAGCAUGGCAAAUAUUUGGCAGCUGAAAAUUAUCUUAAUUAUUCUACUUGUUAUAUGCACAACAAGCAUGGUAUUCUUUGUAGGAAAUUUAUCACAAUUGGAAAAUGUUGAAGAUCAAACAUUUGAGCCACUUGUGUAUCGCCAUCUCUUUGCUAAUGACUCCAAUCAAAUCCUGCUAACACGCAUGGUAUAUUUGGAUCGACAAGAACUUUUGCAGAAAAUGUGCCACAACUACAUGCAGGACUUUAAACAUGAGCCAAAUGCUACGAAGUACAGAGAGAUGUUUGAUCACUUACUGGUUGAUGAGAAACAUAGGUUACUGUACUGUUAUGUACCCAAGGUAGCAUGCACUAACUGGAAACGUGUGUUUAUGAUUCUUAUUGGAUUGGCUAACACUACAGACCCCCUAAAGAUUCCAGCUAGUGCAGCUCAUCAGAAAGCUGUUAUUACAAGGCUUAGCAACUAUUCUUCAACAGAAAUUGAUUAUAUCUUGCAGACAUUUACAAAAUUUCUGUUUGUUCGCCAUCCAUUUGAACGAUUAUUGUCAGCAUAUCAUAACAAAUUAGAACAACAUUAUGAGAGUUCAAAAUAUUUUCAGUCUCGAUUUGGGCGACAUAUCAUCAAACAUUACAGACAGAAUGCUUCAAACGAAUCAUUGACAAGAGGUGAUGAUGUCACAUUUAAGGAAUUUGCUGCAUAUUUGAUAGGAGAAGAAGGUGUUUUAAAUGAACAUUGGAGACCAAUUUAUGACUUAUGCCACCCGUGCUCAAUCAGUUAUGAUAUUAUUGGUAAAUAUGAAACAUUAGUCCAAGAUUCAGAAUUUAUAUUAAAACAGGUGGGAGAAACUGGAAUUUCAUUCCCACGAGGCCCAGGAUCUUCUAGCACUACAUCAAAUCUUCAAAAAUACUUUGGUACUCUCGAGGAUGAUAUUAUUAGCCAGCUGUAUAAUGUAUAUAUUAUGGAUUUCAAAUUAUUUGGAUACAAUUUACAAGAAUUUUUAGGCUAUGAAACAGGUUGAAUUACUCCUUUUCUCAGGUAAUAAUGCUCAUGAAAGGCAUUACUUCACCAGGCCGGCUUACUGGUUCUUAGUCUUUUAUAAUUUAUUACUGUGGUUUUAAAAAUAGAUCAUGACAGUAGCAUUAUGAUAGGCAUCCCCAAAUAAUGGAUAAUGGGCACAAGAUCUGGUAUACUAAAUUACUGAAGUACAAUAUCUUAUCUGGGUACUGUGCAAUUUCUACACGAUAUUUUUUAAGUUUACUUAUAUAAUUUUUACUGUUAAUAUGCGUACUGUAUUUAAACUACUGAUACAUUGAAGGUGAUCACAUAUCAGAAUAAUGAAACGUUAUGAUUUAGAGCCAAACAAACCACAGGGCAGAUCUGACAAUGUUUCAAAUUUUUAACUGCUUAUAAUGGACUAAGAUUGUCAAAAUGAACAUAGUGCAAUAUUUUCUGGUGUGCCCUGUAUUAUGCUUUCUGCUUGCCAUAUACACAUGCUCCAUCUCUCUUGCAGAUUGUGCUGUCAGGUUUUGUUGUGGGCAGAUUAUGCUCCAAGUGUGUCUGCAUUGCUGUGUUCAUAGUUAAGUGUCAAACCCUGAUUUGCCAAUGCUGUGAAAUAUUACUUAGGAAUAAAUAAUUAAAAUCUGUGAAUAAUUAAAAGGAAUAUUAGCCCUUUUGUGAUAGUAAAUCCAUUCCUGACAUAUCGCUGUUUAUAAAGGAGUAUUAAAGUAUCAUGUCUACAACCUUAUAGAAGUUGUGGUAAAUGUUGCCCUGGUGUUUCGUGGUGCUAGACGUAUUAGAUGUACUGUAUUCAAUGAGUAUAAUAUUUUUUGGAUGUGAUUAUUAAAUGACACAUUUUUGAAGUGUGACAUAUCCCUCUAAAUUAAGGGAUGGCUUUUUGAAGUUUCAGUAAUUCAAAAAAUCCAUUUACAGAGAAUAUUUAUGACAUACUUCUGUGCAGCCUGUAGCCUGUGAAUCUGUACUCAUGGAUUUACAAGGCACUAAAUAAAUUAAACUGAAAUUUCUGAAAGCAUUUGGAAUUUUAUGAGGUGUCUGUAUCUACAAACAAUUUCCCUCAGUAUUACAAGCACAUUAUUAGACUUAUUUUAAAGUACUUACGUUUAUAUGGAACUGAUUCUGAGGAGGAGGCUAAAAGGACAACAUCUGAAAAAUGAAUUAACAGUUUCCUCAUAUAAUAUUAAAGUGGACAUUUGUGUCUUUAUGAAAGGUGUCUGUGUGAUACUGAAUCAGUGGGGAGCAGUCUAAAACUACUGUCCAUGUGAAUGGCUUCAUGAAAUUUUUUGUAAUUAAAUUAAUUAAAUAAAAUUACUUACAAAUAACAUAACAGAAAUUUACACUGUUUUCUAACAAUUUUAGAUUGUUCUGAAGUGAUCUUUGUUGUUUUCAGUAUUGACUGCUCUGAUUAGGUUGCACACCCUAGUUGAUAGGCUGACAGCAAAGCUACAAAGUCAUCUAGCAAUUAUAAGAAUUUGUAUGUUACACUUCCAUAUUAAUGUAAAACAUUUCAUUAUUAAGAAUUUUUGUAUUCAGUCUAAUUGAAUUAUUGCAAUGUCUGAUGAAACUGUGACUUGACACUAGUACACCGAAACAUCUGUACCUGAUGUCUUAUGUAAUUAUUUUUUGUGCCAUUUCAUAUAUGUUGUUAAGCAGUAGUGCUUUGCUUUUUUUUUAUAAAAGUGGAUGUAAAAUUUCUGCUGAACUGGAGCCUUGUUUCCUAUGAGUUAACAUGAUCAGAUCUCAAAUUUAUCGUCAUGUCUGUGUGCUAAGAACAUAUUGCGUAAUUGUGAAGUUUUUUGUGAGUUAUUCGGAGUAACAGCUUGUAUAAUAAUCACCACACACUCUCUCUCCUGAAGAAGGUUCAAAACCUAUUAUUUUAGGCUAGCCACCCAGUUAGAUACCUGUAUAAAUGACUUUUCUUACAGGAAGAAUGGCUGCAACCAUAAAAUUGCACUUGUAUGUAUCAACUUAUGUUAUAUAAGUUACGUAUAUUAACACACAUUCUAACUUGGUGAGUCAUAUUGCUGUUAUAAUGUGUUAUGAUGCUUAUUGCUAAUUAUGAAGGUGGAAUAUAAACAUUUUCUAGUGUUCUAUAAUGUGAAAUGUUACAGUAUCAUAUUUUAAAAAUUCUGCUUUGGCUUAAUGCUGUCACUGGUCAUUUCAUUAGGAUAUUUGUGUGAUAACAAUAUUGCUUCAUCUUUUGAUGUCAUGUGUGUAUUAGAUAAUUUUUGUAAACAUGUAACUACCGUAAGGAUAAAUAUGAGACUUCUUAAAUGUAAAAAAGAGCAAGUUAGAAACUGUUUGUAUAUCCUAAAAUAUUGUUCAAGUUGCUGUAUCAGCUGGAUGUUGAAUAACCACUGCCAAUAUGAGAUAAUGUCAGCAUCUGUAAGGAAAAUUGUGUAUUCAGCUUAAUGUUCUUCUGUUUGGAAACUUUUACUAAUUUGCAUAUGGAAAUGGAAACAUUAUCUUGUCCUUUGUGAUUAGUUGCACUACAGUUUAAAUAAUUUCCUUAAAGUAAUAUUAAGAUAGGCCAUGCUGUAUCUCCGUUAACAGAGCUGAUUUAACUCCUUCACUCUUAGGAGCAAUUUGUGUUCUGCGAAGAAUAUUAAUGAUUCAAUGUGUGGGAGUACUAAUCCAAUGAAUUAAGAAGUUUGGACAUGUGUUUCAUCUUCACGUGGUUUUGUAGGUGGCCAUGAAAGUGCAUCAUGAUCCAUCUGUGGGAUUUCUGUUGAACAGCAUGGUCAAAAUUUCUAGUGUCACAAAGCAGAAUUUUAUUUUUGUAAAUUUGUUUGACAUGACAACUGUAAAGAAUCAAAUUUAUACAUUUAUGGUGAUCUAGGGGAAAUACCACAAAUUUGUUUGGCGAACAUCCAAAGUGUUAAGUGGAGAUAGGAUGUUGAGUCUCUGCUGUAAUCGCUUCUGAUGCACCAUUUAUUAUCAUCCUUGUAACUGAUUCACUGUAAUGUAAUAUGUGGAGUUAGACUAGGAAAAAAUAAUCUUACUUUGUAGAUAAUUACUAAACCGCAACAGACAACAGAAAUUGAAUAUUGAGGACUAGCAUGUGAUAAAGAUAUCCACCUUUAGGAAUUAAUAUACAAUUAAUAAAAUCAAUAAUGGUUGUUAAAUGUAAUGUUCUCCUCAUAAGUGGAAGCCUCUGUUUAGCAUUAAGUUACAUUAAUGAAUGGAAGUAAUGGAAAAAUAAAUCAGCACACUUAUUGUUACUUGUAUUUGGUUCCAGUUGCUAAGUUUUUGGUUUGAGUGAUAUCAAAAUGGCUUCACUGAGAGGUGAUUAUUGGUGCAGUGUACUUAAUUCAAAAUUCUCUGCUCAGAUGUGCAAUGUGGGUGGUAGUUUUAAAUUGAGAAGGUGCAGUUGCAAUUGAACACAAGUAUUAAAACAAUUUACUCAAUUGUUAUCUUGAAAUACUCUUAUUUAUACUUAUUUUUUGUCAUAUAGUUCAGAGAUAUCAUAAUAAUAAUGUUUGUGAGAUAUUUGUUGUUUUAUACAGUGAAGUUUAUUUUUAUGUUUGAUAAAUCAGUAUAUGUAUGUGUAAUUGUGACAUUUGUAAAACUAAAAAGUACUGCUGUGGGCAGGUCCCUUGGUCGACUUUUUUCAAGAAGCGAUACUUCACACACAAAAAAGGAAAACUAUUUGUUAAUGAAACAAGCAAAUUUUGAAUCUAUUGUUUUAUAUGUAAAUAGUGACAUAUUUUAUAUUAAAAUGUAAAUGGUACAUA